AUGAUGAGCGACGAGAGAAGCAACGAGGUGGAUGCGCGGGAUUGGGCGUCGUCAAAGCCACUUGAAUCCCCUUACUCCAGCAGAACAUGCGCCCUGUUCUUUGAAGACGAAGGUCCUAUUUAUGUUCACAGGACGCUGCUUGAUGCGAGCCCCAAGCUCGACCCUAAGAAUGGCCGCCUCGAUUUUGAUAACAUCCCAAUCGAUGUUGGCCACAUUCUUGUUCAUUUUCUUCUGACAAAAAAAUACGAAUACCUUAGACUCAGGCGACAGGCUAAGGAUAAGGACCUGGACGAAUUCAACACUGCUCUCUUGGCUUGUAGAGCCGCCACAACCCUCGAGUUACCCGCACUCUUUCUUCUUGCAAAAGAGCAAUUAGAAGCAGUUGGAAACCAGUUGAAACUGACCUCUAUCGUUCGGGCAAUUGAAGCACUGAGUCCGUCACCCAUCAAUAUCCCGGAGGUGGCAGCAUAUCUCUCAUUGCGCAUUGAGAGGCUCGUCAAGAGUUCUAGCAGCGAUACUAGCCAGAUCCUCGCAGAUGAGCUUGCCGAACCGACAACUGCAAGCGAAAUUAUCUUGAGAUGCAUCCUUAAACUGCAAGUUGCUCCGGGCAUAGUUGAAGUUGAAAGCGCACAAGCUGAGGAUGUGGUAAUCAACGACAUCUGCGACACGGAAGCGGGAGAGAGCGAAGAACCACCGGCUCAAGCAUCAACAACUGUGGAAAGUAGCGGCUUUGCAGCUGUCGGCAUCGACAAGGCAGCGGCUGAAGAGCCACGGGCUGAUGAGGCAUACGUUGAAGAAGCUCUGCUUCAAGCAGCCAUGCCAAUUGAAGAACCCGUACCAACUGAAGAACCGGUACCGAUCGAGGAACCAGUGCCAAUUGAAAGGAGGAUACCAGUUGAGUCACCAGUACCAAUCGAAUCACCAGUACCGAUUGAAUCGCCAGUGCCAAUUGAAUCACCAGUGCCAUUCGAAGGACCGCUACCAAUGGACAGAUCAAUACCAUUCGUAGACCCGAUACCAAUGGACGAACCGGGACCCAUUGAAUCACCAGUACCAAUCGAUGAAGAAUAUGCCAGGCGAUAUUUAUCUCGGGCCACCGAACCAGUCCAAAACGGGUCUAUUCACGUUUCGCCAUGGAACCAUCCAAAACCAUCGAUAAGGAAUAAGAAGAAGGCCAAAAAGCAACGUCUCUCGAAGCCUGUAAUGGGGAUACCUACUGAACCUGCUCCUGAUGACCCUCCAUCUGAUGAGCCUGUCUACUAA